GGUUCUACGUCACUCUAUGUUGACGUGUGGCUCGAGAGUCUGGUAGCUAGCCUAGCCCCGCACUUGCUUCUUGGCAGCGGUAGUUUGAAGAAAGUCCUGACAGCUGACUCUUCUUGGUAAAAAAUAAACUUUAAACAAUGGCGGACGAGUGGGAAGAAAUCCGCCGGCUUGCUGCUGAUUUUCAGAGAGCACAGUUUGCUGACACCGUGCAAAGGCUAUCGGAGAGAAAUUGCAUUGAAAUUAUUACAAAACUGGUCCAAGACAAGAAGCUGGAUGUGGUGCACACCCUGGACGGAAAGGAGUACAUCACCCCGGCUCAGAUCAGCAGGGAGAUCCGAGAUGAGCUCUACGUGCACGGAGGGAGAAUCAACAUCGUGGACCUCCAGCAGAUCAUCAAUGUGGAUUGGGUCCAUGUGGAAAACAGAGCAAGCGACAUUGCUAAAUAUGAUAAAGGAGUUCAACUUGUACUGGGACAACUUAUUGAUGACUCGUACCUGGACCGCUUGGCGGAGGAGGUGAACGACAAGCUGCAGGAGGCCGGUUUGAUCAGUAUCGCAGAGCUGUGUAAAAACUACGACCUCCCAGGAGAUGUCUUGAAUGAAGAGCUGUCAAAGCGUCUCGGGAAGCUCAUCCAGGGUGAGAUGGACGAGUACAACAGGGGGGUGAUAUUCACUCCAGCUUUUGUUGCUCGUCACAAAGCCAGGAUACGAGGGCUGUUCAGUGCCAUUACCAGGCCGACACCUGUCAGCAGCAUGAUUGCAGCUUUUGGCUUUCAGGAACAUCUUCUGUACUCGGUCCUGGAGGAGCUAGUGAACACCGGCCGUCUGAAGGGCAGCGUGGUGGGAGGCCGGCAGGACAAGGCUGUGUACAUCCCUGAUAUCUACUCCAAAACUCAGAACGCCUGGGUGGACGCUUUCCUCAAGCAGAACGGAUAUUUGGAGUUUGAUGCUCUGGUCCGGCUGGGGAUCCCUGAGCCCAGCAGCUAUAUCAAGAAGCGCUUCAAGUCCAGCAAGCUGCUGUUCCUCAGGGCGGCCUGCGUGGGGCAGGCUCUGGUGGACCAGGUGGAGGCAUCUGUGGAGGAGGCCGUCAACUCAGCCACAUGGACUGACAUACAGCCCAUUUUGCCCAGCUGCCUGUCAGUGGAGGACAUGGGGAUGCUGAUCGCCGAGGCGAUGAGGAGCACUAAUGUCCAGUCCUCUGCCAGAGUGCUGGGAGACACGGUGGUGGUCAGUGAGAAGUUCAUCAGCAACUGCCUCUCUCUGUUUGAUGAAGCCAUGCAGCAGAAAGCUCAGAAGGAAGUAAAGAACAAUCCAGUGUUCCUGAUAACUGAAGACGAUCUGAAGCAAGCGUCCAUGCUGACAGAGAGCACAUCAAUUUCUAAAAAGGACAAGAGAGAAGCAGAGCGCAAGAAGAAGAGCACAGAGGGCAGCGGCAGUGUGAAGUCAGGCGGCGGAGGAAACGCCAGAGAGAUACGCAUCCGUAAAACCAAGAAGAAAGGGAGGAGAGACGAGGACAGCGAUGAGGAGACCGGACCCUCACAGCAAAAUCGCAGUAAACAGACUGCAGCCCCCUUCAUGGCCCAGGAGGACAUCGUGGCGGUUUUAGAGGAGAGAGUAAGCGACUGCCCCGAAGAAAUCCUCUGCGAGCUGGCAGAGCAUUUAGUCAGGCCUCUGAACAAAGCGUACCAGGAGGUGCUGCGCUCGGUCUUCCUGUCCUCCAGCAGCGCUCCGUCCAGGGCCAACAAGAAGCAGAGCAUGAAGGACCUGCAGGAGGAGAUCAGCAGCCUCUACAACAACAUCCGCCUCUUUGAGAAAGGCACCAAGUUCUUCUCUGAUGAAACCCAGGUCCACAUUGCCAAGCACGUCCUGAAGACCGUGUGCUCGGACGUGUCCAACAUCCUGGUGAACUUCCUGGCUGCUGACCUGAUGAUGUCCGUGGAGAAUCCCAGCACCUUCACCCCUGAGGUCAGAGUGAAGAUUCUGGGCAAGCUGUCGGAGGACACCAGAGGACCCCUGAUGAAGCUGCACAACUGCCUGAACGGAAAAACCAUUGAAGACUUUCUGACCAACAUCGAGACGUGUGCAGAAGUGUGUGGCUUCAUGCUGAAGAAGGGAGACAAGAAAAGGGAGAGGCAGGCACUGUUCCUGCACCGCCAGGCCCUGAUGGAGCAGCUGAAGGAGACGGAGGACCCAGCUCUGGUGCUCCACCUGACCAGCGUGCUGCUGUUCCAGGGCUCCACCCACUGCAUGCUGCACGCCCCGGGCCGCUGCGUGCCCCACGUCAUCGGAACGCUCUGCGGCCGGAUCCCAGCGGAGCAGCAACAGCUGGUGUCGGCCUAUCAGAGCCUGGUGGUGAAGCAGCUGGUCAGCCAGAGUCAGAGCAGGAAGCAGGAGGAGGCCGAGGGGGCGGAGGAGCAGGAGGAGGAGGCCCGCAGCGUCCGCUCACAGCUCCUCAUCCUCACCCCGCAGCUCAAAGACCUGACGCUGUCCCAGAGGAAGACGUCCACCGCAGAGGACUAGCAUCACAGAGAAAUGAGUCUUUUCACCCUCUCACAUGUUCAGAUGAAUACUUUGAACUCUGCUAGAGCAGCUGUUGUCAUUUUGUGAUUUAGUCAUGGGGACAUCAUUCUAAAUUAUUAAAGGGAAUUCCUGUGGGAUGUCUCCCUGUAAACACAGUUAACAUGAAAAUCCUCAAUGAGGUUCUAAUUGUCAUGCAAUCAUUAAAGCUCUCCUCUUCCUCAUGUGUGGAGUUACUUCUUGUAAAA